CCAAAGCACACCCUUCAUUUCAUUCUCUUCUCUCCCAUUUCUCCCCAAAACCCAUUUCUCUCUUUUCUUUCUUUCUUCAUCGAAAUUCCCAUUUCCAAGAAGUGAAAAGCCAUUUGCUCUGUUCAAGAACCUGAUAUGGAUCCUCCUCAAAAUCCCAAUGUGGGUUCUUCUUCUUCUUCUUCUCGAAGACCUGAUGUGGGUUCCUCUUCUUCUCCAAGGCCUGAUGUGGGUUCCUCUUCUUCUUCUCCAAGACCUGAAGUGGGUUCUUCUUCUUCUUCAUCUUCUUUGAGCUUACCGAGAUUCAGUCUCAUCGUGAUGAUGGGCACCACACAUUCAAUUCCACCAGUCUUCGGCUGCAGAAUCGACCCUACAGCUCGUGUGCCCAAGAAGGACGAUGAAGCCCCCCCCGAGCACGAGUUCAGUUUCAAAUGGUAUCGGGAGUAUAUUAGCCCUUCUAUCCCCAGAGACAAGAUCAAGUGCUCUGUCCACCCUGAUGAGGUGGCCACUUUCCGGUGUAAUGAUUGUGUCAAAUUGAAGUUACCAUUCAAGGGAAGUUAUCAUUGCUCUCCCACUUGUUAUUCUGGGGCAUGGGAGAAACACAGGAUGUGCCAUCGUUGUGCUAAAGCUGUUGGUGAGACUUCUUCUGAUAAUCAACAAGCAGAAGAAGAGAUGUAUGGCUGGCUUGACUUUGAAGAUGAUCCACUCAAUGAAAUUCCAAAGCUGGAACGAGAUGGAAAACAAUGGGUUGAGGUGUGCUCUUCAAGGUGUUAUGUACCCACAGUGAAUGACCUUAACUGCAGGUUGAUGCUGGAAUCUAAGGCUGUUGAUUGUUCAACUGGUCUGGAUUUGUGCCUGAGUGACAUCAUCAUGACGGUUCCUGUUCUUUAUCCGCCUCAUCAGAAACCUCGCUCCAUGCUUGAGUGUCGGCGGAAGCUUGGGGACUCUGAUCUCAAAGCGCACACUUGCAGUGGUGUAAAAUUUAGUGUGCUAUCAUAUAAUGUCCUUGGUAAUCUUUAUACUGAUCCGUUUAGGUACUCUUACUGCCCAGAAUGGGCUAGGUCUUGGGAAUAUCGUCAGCAGAAUUUACUAAACGAGAUCAUUGAAUAUGAUGCAGACAUCCUCUGUCUUCAAGAGGUACAAAGUAAUCAUCUUGAGUACUUCUUCGAACCUGAGUUGGCAAAAUGUGGAUAUUCUGUUAUAUACAAGAAGAGAAGAGGAUCAUUUUUUGCAAGAGACGGGCUUUGCAUGGAUGGUUGUGCUACAUUUUACCGCCGAGAUGUAUUCAAAGAAAUCGUAAAAUAUGAGUGUGCGUUUGAUAGCUCUGUUAUGAGAGUGAUAGAAGCAUUGCAGCCAUUGGAACCUCAACAGAGAGAUAGAGCUUGUAUAAGGCUGAAGAAGGACAAUGUUGCACUUGUUGUUAUAUUAGAAAAACUGGAAAGUGAGGGCACUUGCGAUGGAAUUCGACCUAGAAUUUGUGUGGCAAAUACGCACAUAUCUGCAAAUCCAAAGUUCCCAGAUGUAAAAUUGUUCCAGGUUGUGGACCUGAUUACUAGACUGGACAAAAUUGCCGAGAUGAAAAUUCCUCUGUUGGUUUGUGGAGAUUUCAACUCUCUUCCUCUGAGUGAGCCUCAUAAGUUCAUAACUGCUGGCAGAGUCGACAAUCUUCCCAACGAUACUGAUCCAUUUGGCAUAUGUCAGCAUCUAAAGCUUCACCAUUCACUUCCACUGAAAAGUGCAUAUGCAUCUUUUUAUAACUCGGAUGGUAUCGAGGAGGAACAACGUAGGAAGUUCAAUUCUGAAAGCAGGGAGCCUUUGUUCACCCACUUGACACCAAGUUUCACAGGAACCCUAGAUUACCUAUUCUACACAGAGGAUAGUUUGACGCUUGAUGGUGUGUUGGAACUACUUGACCGUGACAAUCUGGGUGUUGGUAUUCCAUCUCCUUUUUGGUCAUCAGAUCAUAUUGCCCUCAUGGCACGGUUUGUCCUCAAUUCAACCUCUCCCCAGCAACUGGGUUCACGAGCAAUUCCUGCUGACUUGUGGCCAUAAGCAACAACUGCACAGUAAUACUCUUUUACAGGAAACAUGCAAUAUGGAUGGAGAGAUCUGAGACUUUGAGCCAGCAAGUAAAGAGUAGAAUAUAUUCGUUUUAUUCAACUUCUGGCACAGUUUGGAAGAAAGCUGGAAGAUGAACGAGAGAUAGUUCAGAUACUUUUUGUAGGAUACAUUUCAUAUUCUGUUCAAAACCCAUUGCAGCAAAGCAAGAAUGGGCCAAUAUAGGGUACAUCAAAAUACACAGCAUAUUAGCAUCAGGUUAUUAUGUGAGCUUUAUGUCUAGAGGUAGAUACACAGAAGAUUAGCAUUGAAACAUUCUUUCUAUUAUAGUACACAGAAGAUUAGCAUUGAAACUAUCUGUCCUAUACAAGCAUCAUGUAACCUGUAUUGUUUUUCCAAAAUAUAUAUGGUGAU